AUGCGAGGGGUGCUGCAGGCUAGCCUUGCCAUUGGACGACGCUCAACACAUUCGGCAACUACUACUAUUGCGCUCCGGCCUUACCAAGAGCAUUGUCUGCAAGCAUGUACUGACGCGCUCAACGCGGGCAGCACGCGGAUCGGCGUCUCACUACCUACUGGCGCAGGAAAGACCACCGUCUUCAUCUCGCUACUCUCGCGAUUGCAUCCACCGAAGGACAAUGAACAGGCGACGCGGUCCCUCAUCAUCGUCAACAGUGUCGAGCUCGCGCGGCAGUCUGCUGAGCAGGUUACGAGGCUCUUCCCGAGUUGGUCUGUCGAGAUCGAGCAGGGAGCAAAGCAUCAGGCGACGGGGAAUGCGGACGUGACCGUGGCUACGUACCAGACCCUCUUGAGGGAAGAGCGUCUAAGAAAGAUCGACCCCGUCCGACUCAAAGCCAUCGUCGUAGAUGAAGCACAUCAUGCCGCCGCCCCUUCCUACCGCCGAAUCCUCGCACACUUCGACCCGGGCGUACAACAUCCCGACAAGGACUUCGUGCCUCAUACCCCUGCCCCUCACAAGAUUCCCAUCAUUGGCUUUUCGGCCACCUUCAGCCGCCACGAUGGGCUAGCGUUGGGCUCGGUCUUCGAGCGCAUUGUGUACCACCGGAGCUUCUUGGAGAUGAUCAAGGAGGAGUGGCUCUGCGACGUCCGCUUCACGUCUGUCCAUGCGAGGCUUAAGUUGAAUGAGGUCACCGUGAACACGAAGACGGGGGACUUCAAUGCGGCGAGCCUAGCUCGUGUCAUCAACACGCCGACGGUGAACGAUCUGGUGGUGAAGACUUGGCUGCAUCGCGCAGCGAAGCGCAAGUCCACCCUCGUCUUCUGCGUUAGCAUCGCACACGUCGAGAGUUUGACGCAGGCCUUUCGCAGCUAUGGCGUUGAUGCGCGAUACGUCUACUCUGGGACACCUGCCGCUGAGCGUAGGGAGCUCAUUGCGCAGUUCCGAGCUGGGGAGUUCCCGGUGUUGAUCAACUGUGCCAUCCUGACUGAAGGUGCGGACAUUCCCAACAUCGAUUGCGUUGUCGUCGCCCGGCCGACAAGGUCGCGGAACGUCUUCGCUCAGAUGAUUGGCCGCGGAAUGCGCUUGUCUCCGUCGACGGGCAAGACUGACUGCCAUAUCAUCGACUUCGUCGAUACGCAAACACGCGUGCAGGGCGUUAUGUCGACGCCGACGCUCUUCGGUCUUGACCCCAACGAAGUUUUCUUACCAUUGUAUCUAGACGCCGACCUGAAGUCACUGGAAGAGCGUGCUGCGGAGCAGGAUGGCUUGCCACAGUCUCUGGCGGGCGCCGACGGAGACGAGCUACCUCAGGUCGUGGAAGACGUCGAGGAACCAGAGUCCAUCACCUUCCGCGAUCACGAGAACCCCUUCUCGACAGUGCAUGGCGCGACAGGCGACCCGCAUAUAGCGGCUCUCUCCCGCUAUGCUUGGGUCUCUUGCGGCAACGACGUCUACGUGCUUGAUUGCAUGGGACAUGGGCAUAUCCGGAUUACCAAGGGCUAUGGUCAGCUCUAG